AUGGAUAAGAAAAAGACGAUUAAAAAGGUAAAAGCGGCUCCAGAAGCCUCAAAUUUGUCCGAAGCACAGAAGGAACAGCUGAAGAUCACGAUAAGGGCAGAUUUGGAAACAAAAAUUGUGACAAGAGCUAAGAAAAAGGCUGUUGGAAUAUCAAAAGUUAGCAGAGGAAAGGCAAUUAAAACACAAAAGAAAGCGGUAAGAUUUUUAUAUCUUGUUGAAUCUUUAGAUGAAGUAUGUCUACAAAAUCUAUGUAUAAAUUAAACAUGGUUGCAGGAAAAAAGAGCACGUCGAGAAACGAGGGAGAAGAUACGUGAGAAGCUUGGAGACGAUGCAGCUCCAAAAUCCGAGCCGAAGACAAUUGAAAACACGAGAGAAGCAGACGUUACCUACGUUGAUCAGAAUGAUGUUGAAGUUCAGUUGGACGAACAAACAGAUGAAUUGUCUUCUUACUUCAAAAGAGAAACCCAGCCGAAAAUAUUGUUGACAACUUCUCCCAAAGCCAAAGUCACGACAAUGAAGUUUGCAUUCGAAAUGCAAAAAUGCAUUCCGGAUGCUGAGUUUUUGCCCAGGAAAGAUGCGGCAAUCAAGAAGGUUGUCAAGGAUGCGAUUGAACGGGAAUUCACUGAUGUUGUUAUUGUUCAUGAGGACAGAAAGAAGCCGAGUAGGUUUUUUAAACAUUGAAAUCUUUUUUUUUGAAAAACAAAUUUUUUAAUGUCUUUAAUUUUUAGCCGCUCUGAUGAUAUGCCAUCUGCCGGAAGGACCUACAGCAUAUUUUAAGAUAAAUUCCUUGAAAUUCAGCAAAGACAUUAAGGGAGUCGGGGAGUCUACAGAUCAUUGUCCUGAAGUAAUUCUGAACAAUUUUAACACACGACUCGGUCAUACUGUAGCCAGAAUGUUGGCCUGUCUGUUUCCACACGACCCGGAAUUUAGAGGACGACGAGUAGUAACAUUCCACAAUCAACGAGAUUACAUUUUCUUCAGACAUCACAGGUGAGUGAUCCUAUUUUGAUCAAAUAUUUGAACUGAUGGUAAUGUAAAUUUAAUUUAUAAUAUUUUUUAAUGAAACAAGAAUUUUAGGUACGAAUUCAAAAAGGAAGGUGCCAAAGCAGCUUUGCACGAACUUGGCCCUAGAUUUACAUUACGGCUUCGGUGGCUUCAAAAAGGAACAUUCGAUAGUAAAGAAGGUGAAUAUGAAUGGGUUAGAAAGGUGAGUUUUUAUUUAUAUUUUAUAUAAAAGCAAGAUAUUAGAUUUAUAACUAAAGCUUUACAAGAUUUUACAAAAAAUUUUUAGCGACACGAAAUGGAAGCCUCAAAACGACGAUUUUAUUUAUAA